AUGGGCACUAAGCCCGGGACCCAGGCCAGCUCCGGUGGCCAUGCCAGCGGCUUCCGCAAGGUCUGGGGUCCUGAGGAGCGCAGGAUCUCCAAGCCACUGAUGGAGAAGAAGCGACGGGCACGCAUCAAUGUGUCCCUGGAGCAGCUGAAGUCGUUGCUGGAAAAACACUACUCACACCAGAUCCGGAAACGCAAGUUGGAGAAGGCAGACAUACUGGAGCUGAGCGUCAAGUACAUGAAAAGCCUUCAGAACUCGGUGCAAGGGCUCCGGUCGGUUCCCAGCGGAGCUGAGUUCCCGUCGGGCUUCCGCAGCUGUCUGCCCGGCGUUAGCCAGCUUCUGCGGCGCCGAGAGGAGGGAGGCGGUGGCCUGCGCUGCCCCCUGGCGCACGAGCGCGCAGGAGGCAGCACCAUGGACAGCGCCGGCCCGAGCCCGGAGGCACCCGCGCCGCUCGGCCCCUGCGCCCCUGCCAUUUGGGCCCCUGCUCCGGCCACCGGCGGCUCGCCCUCCCCGCCACCCCUGCUCCUCUUCCCUGGAGGUCUCCCCGGCCCGUCCUCCAGCGUCCCGGGGCCGCAGCCGGCGCCGCGCCGCUGCACCGAGAGCCCGGGGCCGGGUCUGGGCGUUUGGCGGCCCUGGGCCCCCGGCGGGCAGCCCGCCCCCACCCCCGCCCAGCAGCCACGCCGCGGUGGGAAGGUCGCCGUCGGCAGCGGCGCAGAGCGGACCCCUCGCAGCGAGGAGAAUUGCUGCCCCGCCCCGGCCCAUUCAGCCAGCCGAGGACGCCCGGUUCCCACCGGCACAAAGCGCGCCAGGUCCCGCCCCGCCGGCGAGGGGCCCCCAGCCCACCCCCACCUGGGAUCCUCUCGGCUUCCACGGAUCCCCACCCCCUCCGCACGAGGCGCAGCCCACCCGGCAGGCGCGCUCUCCGAGGUCCGCCCCUCUCAGAAGACCCGCCCGGAGCGGUCCCGGCUCAGCAGCCCGCCCCGCAAGAUGCUCCGCCUCCACUGCUUUAGCUGGGGCGCGGGUGGGCCACUAGGUGGCGACCUUACGCCGCGGACCCUGGCGCGGCCUCCAAAUUCUUACCGGAGCCAAACGGUCCGGCACCACCACCGCCUCCCAGCCUCGGCCCUACGCUUCUUGCCCUCCUGA